AUGCAGCAAUGUACAAGGAGGCACAACCUAGAAGUAGCAAACCUUCGGCCAGAUUUCGAGGGAGAAUUUACAUGGUGUGCCAGAAACAGUCGUACCUGUAUCGACUAUGUGCUUGUCUCAUCGCGACUGGUGUGUCAAGUCAAGUACAUCAGCAUUGAUGAGGAAGGAGACUUCAGCAUUGGGAGCGACCACAACAGGAUCAGGCUAACUAUCUGCUCCUCCACAUGGUGCAAAAAAGAGCGAGAACACCGGAAGCCUGGGAAACGAUUCCUACCUGAGGCGGCCUAUGAAGACAUUGCUAAGGAAUUCGACUGCAACCUGCAGACCUCCAAACCUCUUAAGUGUGAAGAGUACGUGGAGGAACUGCAGCGCUUAAUGCGGCAAUACGAAGUUCGCACCAACUCCCGUGGAGGGGUGCGGCGAAAAGGAUCGUGGGAUGAAGAGGUGCGGAAAGCCUUGGAUGAGCGAAAAGCGGUGAACCGCCUGCACAGGAAAGCUGUGAAAACCCUUUCCGCAAGUGAGGCUCUCCAAGCAUGGCAGGAAUACCUAACCUGCGAACAGGCUAUGCAAACAAGUGUCCAAAGCAAAAUCGCCGAGCACAAUAGCCGUCAACUCCAGUCUUUCACAGCGGACGGCCGCAACGGGGCCAGGAAGUUUUGGACCUACGUGUCAUCUCUAGAUGGCAAAGCCAAGGUACCUCAAAUCCGGCACGAGGAUACGGGACAACCAGUAUCUGACAUGGGCAGGCACCUAGCGGAUCACAUGCGUAAACUGCACGAUGUCGGCAGCGGCGAACGGGAGGUUGACUCAAUCGAAUACCAUCCCAUAAAUGAAUACCGCCUGAGCAAUAACGUGAAAUGGGAAGUGAGCCGUCCAGCUCUAGACCGAGCGAUUGCACGAAUAGGAGCACACACCGCCCGAGGGCUUGAUGGCAUACCUGCGGGACUGAUCAAAUGCUUAGGAGACGAGGCAAGGCAGAAAUUGGCGGACAUCUUCUCGGGCAUUAUGACAGGAGAACCAAUACCAGAGGAUUGGCUAUGUGGCCGAGUAAUCCUGGUGCCGAAGAGAGGAGGGGAUGCAGGGCUGCUACGGGAGUACAGAUCACUCACAGUUACAAGUGUGCUAUACCGAACUUUCGCACAAAUAUUAAAGACAUGGAUGAGCGGCUGGGCAGAACACGACGACAAGUUGACUGAGCUACAGAAUGGUUUCCGAAGCAGACGGCGCCUCGAGGACAAUGCAUUUGUGCUCACACAGGCUAUCGAGAUAGCACGCAAGGAGAAUAGAGGGCUAUACACUUGUUUUCUCGACGUCGCCAAGGCCUAUGAUAGCGUACCUCAUGACCCGUUGUUUCACUGUAUGACACAAAUUGGCAUGCCGAAGACAUGGGUCAGUGUACUGCGCCGACUAUACACGCACAAUACGGUGGUUGCGUGCUUUGCCGAAGCUCAAGCUGAACCAGUGAAGGUGAUGCGAGGUCUCAAACAGGGAUGCCCGUUGUCGCCGCUGCUGUAUAUGCUGUAUACAGCCAGACUGGAGAGGAUGCUGCUGGAGGAUGGAGGGGGAUUCUCGCUAGCUCACUCCUAUCGCGGAACACUCGUGCCCUGGAGACUGCCGGGCUUGGUAUAUGCCGAUGAUAUUGUUCUAAUGGCUGACAAUGUGGGAUACCUGCAGCAUCUCGUCUCAAUAUCGGCAAAUCACCUGAGCAAACUCGGAUUGUGCUUCAACGCCAAGAAAUCAGUGGUGCUGGUGUUCGCAGGCACGGACACAUCUGCGGUGGUGUCGCUGCCGGAAGGUGGGCAGAUUCUGUGGAAAGAUGAGUACAGGUACCUCGGUGCACAACUGAGCACAUCGAGCCAUGUCCUAGAUAUCCACGAGGAAAACAUCCAUCAGACAUCACGCAAAGCGGCGAACGUGUUGCGCAAGCGAAGUCUCUGGGGCUGCAACCGCUUCCUGCUGGUCCGAGAAAUGUGGAAGUGUGUGCACGUCCCAUGCCUCUCGUUUGCCAAUGCUGUGCUCACCUUCCAAUCAGGAACUAGACAGUGGCUGGAGCGAGGGCAGCGAGAGUUUGGUCGACUGGCGUUGGGCUGCCACGGACGAGUUGCCAUAGAGGCCAUUCAAGGAGACGUGGGGUGGUCGUCGUAUGAGGCUCGAGAAGCCAGGAGCAAGAUCGCCUACGAGGGCCGCCUGCGUCUCAUGAACGACCGCAGGUGGGCACGGCGCUUGUUCCGCUACACACACUCAACCGGAACGAGGACUGAAUAG